AUGGCGGACACGACCGUUCACAUUCUCAUUCUUGACGAGGUUGGAACGCCCUCGCUCAACAAAGCUGCCUCCUACACGUCGUUUGUUUCACCAUCGGACAAUGUUCGGUUAUUGAUAAUCAGUUCGAAAGGGGCUCUUUCCGACGCUGAUAAGGCGGACUCGUUAGCGUACGUUGAGUUGGCAACCCCCACGACAAACGGACUUGUGGAAGUGGAGGCGUCGGCUCUGCACGCAAAGCAUCGGAUAGACCGUAUUUACACCAAGCAGGAAGACCUGAUUCUUCGAGCUUCAUUGCUUCGCGAACUCCUGGGAAUCAAGAACGGUCUGAACUACCAGGACGCUAUUCUGUUCCGCGAUAAAGAAGCCAUGAAACGAAUUGUGAAACAUGCCGCCUUUCCUGUACCAUCCUUUGCAAGAGUGUACAGCCCGGCAUCCAUUCUGCAGUUUCUUCAAAUGGAGCACUUGCCAAUAAUUUUGAAACCCACGUUAGGGUCGGCAUCGGCUGGAAUUACAGUGCUUCGGACGGAUGCAGAACUCAAAAAGCACUUGGAGAAAGAAUUUUACGAGCGCAUUGACGAUAAAGGCAAAUGCAUGGACUAUUCUGCAUCCGGGGAUAUCAUAGUGGAGGCGUUUGUAGACCCCGCCACAAGCAAGAUGUACCAUGUGAACGGGUACGCUCAGAACGGCGCCCUCAAGAUUGUUUGGCCGUUUGCAUACAUCCAAACCAAUCUGGGCUUCACGACGGGAAAAGCGUAUGGGAACGUCUUGAUUCCUCAGAGCGACCCGAAGAAUGCGAAACUUCUUGAAGCUACUGAGAAGGUUCUGAAAGCACUACCGACUGUCGAUCAUCUGAUAUUCCAUUUGGAAUUGUUCGAGACCAAGAGGAAAGCUUCUGGCGCACAAGAAGGGGGUGAAACCACAGAAUUUGUCCUCUGUGAGAUUGCGGCGAGACGCCCGGGGGGUUCGAUCGGAGGCCUGAUUGGUCUAGCCGAGAACUAUAAUUUUGCGGAAAUGGAAUUCAGGCUUUCCAACGGUCUACCUCUGCGGCAAGAUCGCAGUUCGGUCGCCCCAAUAGUGAAGCAUCCCAACUUCUCGUUGGGAGACUUACUGAUACCCCGCCGUAUUGGGAAACUGCUCUCCAUCCCCGGGUCGGUCUCGCUAUGUCCGGUGUCAGACGUUCAGUACUUUCCCAUUGCCAAAUCCGGGACAGAAUAUACCGGAUUUCACAUCAGCACCAUGAACACUGCAGCGCGAUUGGUCGUGACGAUGGAGGACGGGUCUGCGGAAGCCGUCCAGGCGAAGCUGGCCGAGGCUCAGAACUGGUUCGAUGCUGAGGUUCGAUAUGAAAUAACCUUACGGCAAUGA